AGGAGGGCGGCAUGCUCCCUCACACGACUACAAGGCCAAUGCUUUCAUCAUGGCCAAACGAGGCCGUGGUCCUCUUUUCUAUCCGGUGCAUUGACCCAUCUCAUCAUCAGCAGACAUUGAAUCAAUCCACGAGAAACCGAUCUGUAGACAAUGAUGGCACCUGGUUCAGGACAAAAACAAAGGGACUAUGACUAUCUCUUCAAGCUAGUGCUCAUUGGUGAUAGCGGUGUGGGCAAGUCUUGCCUGCUGCUACGGUUUGCGGAUGAUGCAUUCACCGAGUCCUAUAUCUCCACCAUUGGUGUUGAUUUUCGAUUUCGAACGGUGAAGAUUGAUGGCAAGACUGUCAAAUUGCAGAUUUGGGAUACGGCAGGGCAAGAGCGAUUCCGAACCAUUACAUCGGCAUACUACCGAGGCGCCGAUGGUAUUAUUAUGGUCUACGACACAACCAAUGUGGAGUCCUUUGAUCACGUGAACGAUUGGUUGAAGGAAGUGAAUCGAUAUGCUGCUGAAAAGACGGUGAAAUUGCUUGUCGGCAACAAAUGCGAUCGAACAGCCGACAAGGCAGUCACAGAAGAGCAAGCAAAGGAAUUUGCUGAUGAUUUGGGAAUUGCUGUGCUGGAGACUAGUGCCAAAAGUUCCAAGAAUGUGGAAGAAGCUUUCCUCACAAUGGCAGGCGAACUAGUGCGGCAGAGAGCUUCCCAGGGCAAUGAAAACGGCGAUAGCAAGAAUCAAGGCAUUGACUUGAAUGGCACGGCAAAGGACGGAAUUCUCAAAAAUUGCUGUUAGACAGCAACCUACAAUUCACUAUUUACUUCACAACACAUUUCAAUGAAUCGAAUCAAUCAUCAAUCUACAGUACAUCCGACACGACAAUUGAUAAGGUCUUUGGCUUUCUUGGUUGGAAUUCCAGAGAGAAAUUGCUGCUCUAUCAACACGAUUAUCUGAGUAUCUUUUGAUUUUUGCCAGCCUUGGAUGUCUUGGUUCCACGGGAAAUAGUUCUAGCUAGAGUGUCUGGUGGCCACAAGAGUAGUGUAGCCUACAUCCUAAUCAUUGUACUAGAAGGGCCGCCAAAAAGGGCAUUAUUAUGUU